UACACAGGCAGCCAGGCCGGCAGGGCCUCUCCCUCUCUCUCUCUCUCUCUCUCUCACGCAUCGUGUACACAACCAUCACUCUCACGAACCAUCCACGACCCGUUUCAGCGUCCAUCCACCACCUCACGACAUGACGAUAGCCAGGCGCCCCCACUUCCCCACCCCAUUCAUCCACUCCGCCACCUCUUCCACCUCCAUCGGCAUCGCACCCCCUCCGCCUUCGAUGUCCAUCAUCGCCAGUGUCUCCCGGUGUGCCACCGAUUCCGCCCGUGUCUCUCCCGCUAGCCCGCGGAGGAGACAGAGGUCUCUGCUGAUCUCUGUGUCAGACAGGCGGGCCAUGGCGGUCUCUAUCCGCUCCUCGCGCAUGGCGUGCAAGCCGGGCGUCGCCCAUGUGAUCGUCUCCUUCUUGUUCUUGUUGUUCUGGCCGUGGCGCUUUUUGACUGUCUUGGCUGCCUUCGCCGCCCUCUCGUUAAUCUGCACACGCACCCCGCCCUCCUGCGUCAUGGAUGGCCACCACAGGACCUCCUCCGGCAGGCGCGGGAAGGCAGGCAUCUUGUCCUUAGAGCUGCCCUUGCUGGCCUCGCUGCGGGUCGCCGCCUGAGUGGCCUCGUUGGUUGCAAAGUUGGUCGAUUUGUGCGGUGCUGGGUUGGGUGUGGGAGAGCGGCCGGAGGUGCUGCGGCCACGCUUGCCGCUGCGUGUUGCCAUGGCGUGUGUCGUGGUUGCUUCGACCGGCUGCUGCUGCUGCUGCUGCUGCGGCUGCUUCUUGGGGUGGGGCUCGGGAAUGGGGGGCGGCGGCGAUGACAGGCCGAGCUGCUUGCGAUUGCUGCGAUUGCGGAAACCAGUUGGAGCCGACAACCGGGGCUGCUCGUCCCUGUUAGAUCGGCAAAGACGGAAUGCCUGAGUGGCUGUGUGCAUCAUUCCAUGUCUUCCUGUGCAGAUACCGACCUGGUGGCGGUGUUGUGGGCCGUGUGAGUGUUUGGCAAGGGCAUGUGAAUGGCAUGCACUGUGCCUUUCCUGAGUCCUUUAGCAAGAGAUCUCUUCUUGUUGCGUCUAAACCGAGAUGACGAAGGCCAGAAAGACACUCAUUCACCCUGACUGGUGCUUGCACAUGCGUGUGUGUCUCGGCCUACCCUUUUUCGAUGGCCUCGGGCGGAGGGGGCGGCGGCGAUGACAGCAGAUGCCGACAGCCAACAGGCGCACCGAUGGCCGACGACGACACACCGGGCUGCUCAUCGCUGCGCGGUGGAAACGAUGGGCAAUGAAUGACAGAAUGCAUCGCUGGCUGUGUGGAUGUAAGCAUCUUUGUGAAAAUGCCCACCUGAUCGUGGUCUUGUGUGGCGCUUCGGUCUUCGGCAGGGUCAUGUUGAUGGCCCGCACCGUGCCGUCCUUGAGUGCCCUGGCCAGAGACGCCUUUCUCUUGCGUCUAGAGAAGAAGGACACCAUGUAUUCCGUGCUGAUUGAUCUGUGUGGGUGUCCACGUUUAUACCCCUGAUCGAACUUCAUGCCGCCAUUGGCCUCCUCAGCCACUGGAAAGGGUGGCUGCUCGCGACAAGCCAGCUCCUUGACCACAUAGUCCCCCGGUCGUUUCUCGCUACCAUGGCCGACGGGUGGGAGCGGAAUCCCAUCCGGUGCGGCGAGGCGGCUCCACUUCUCGGUGUCGUCAUUGUCGCACUUGUGUGCUGGCGAUUUGCUGUCGGGGCUGCGGGGCUGUUUGCGGGGCGAGGCGGGUGGGGGCGUGACGGGCUGGGGAGCCUCAUUGACACCCAGUGACGCACACCUGAAGGCAAACAGACAGACAGCACAGGGACAGACCCAGAGACACAUGGGUGGAAGCAUCUAUCGAUUAUGUAUGUCUUUCUGUGCCCGUGUCUCUUUCCUCCUUACUUGUUCAGAUUCGGUUGCCCGUAUCCCGCAUCCCCACUCACAGCCAUGUCUUUCAGGCCAACCACACCACGCAGACUUUCCCCCUCGCCGGCGAAGGAGGCCUCCAGAGCCAUGAUAGUCUCUGACAGCCCGGCGGCCCUACCGUUGUUCGUCUUCUUGGGCACAACAGGCUCUGCGAUGUUCGACUCAGCAGUACCGCCGAUGGGUCUCUUGGCCAUGGUGCGACCCGGUCGAGUCCUGAACCGGCAGGCAUCAUAUUGAAGUAUGUUAGUGUAUCCGUGUUUUGCCUUGGUCGUCUCUGUGUAUGUGCCUACCUUUGGAUGGUUUGCUCGUCCACCAGCGGCAUGCCCUUCUCCAACUCAAACGGUGGCACCAGCCUGACGUACACCCACAGAUGCAGCAGGGAACGAAAUUCUUUGUCAAGCGUGCCAUACGCUGAUCGAUGUAUCUUGUUUGUAAUGCACGUGUCUCUGUCCCGCUCUCUCCCUGACUCUCUAUUUGUAUAAUCCUUUAUUUCUCUCCUUUUCUCUCUGCAUGUUGCUUACAUGGUCACCCUCGGUCCACCAACUUCCUUGCCCGACACACUCUCGUUGUCCUUGGCCAUCCCCUUCAUCCCCACAUCCGCCCCCUCACCCAGCCCCUUCGCCCCCGUCCUGCCCUUGUGGUUCUUCUUGUCCUUUGCAGUGGCGCCUUGGGCCUCCGUCUUCGCGACGGUGGAGGCGCGCAGGGUCAUCGUGUGCCUCCGCUGCGGCUCAUCGGCAGCCUGAACGAACAAGCGAACGCAACACGAUGGCAGGGAUGCACUUGGGCAUUGCAGACGGCCUUGAGCUUCGCAUGCAUAGCCAUUCCUGACGGCGCUCACCUUGUUGGAGGCCCUGGUGCCCUUCUUGCCCAUCCUCUGCUUCCCGUGCCGACAACCGACAAG